UUUGCAUCGCCGAGGCCGGAGCCUCGGGCCGCCAGUCGGGGUGAAGGGAGUCCUGGUUGAGUUCGGCUCCCCGGCGGCCGCCCAGGCGCGAUCCUGAUGCCCGCUGCCCGCGGCGGGCCCCGCUCCGGCCCCGGGACCUAGGCAGCUGCGCGCGGCCGCCGCCGGCGCCUCCCCCAUGCUGCUCGGAGCGUCCUGGCUGUGCGCGUCCAAGGCGGCCGCCGCUGCUGCGCAGAGCGAGGGCGACGACGACAGGCCGGGUGAGCGGCGGCGGCGGCGGGCGGCGGCCACGGCCACGGCGGCGGGCGAGGACAUGGACGAGUCGUCGCUGCUGGACCUGCUGGAGUGCUCGGUGUGCCUGGAGCGCCUGGACACCACGGCCAAGGUGCUGCCGUGUCAGCACACCUUCUGCCGCCGCUGUCUGGAGAGCAUCGUGUGCUCGCGCCACGAGCUGCGUUGCCCCGAGUGCCGCAUCCUGGUCGGCUGCGGCGUGGACGAGCUGCCUGCCAACAUUCUGCUGGUGCGCCUGCUGGACGGCAUUCGCCAGCGGCCCCGCGCCGGUGCCAGUCCCGGCGGCAGCCCGCCCGCGCGCCCCGGCCCCGGCUCAGGAGCGGCCUCCGCGCUCGCGGGUGGCGGGGGCAGCGCGGCAGGCAGCGCCCCGGGCUCUCCGGUCUUCCUCCCUGCGGCGGCGGGCAGCGCAGCCGCCAGCCUGCGUGAGUUGGCGACCGGCAGGAGUGCGCCCGUGGCAAAGACUCUUUCCCAGCUUCCCUAUGGGAAAGCGCUCUACAGUUAUGAGGGGAAAGAACCCGGCGACCUCAAGUUCAGCAAAGGCGACAUCAUCAUCCUGCGGCGCAGGGUGGAUGAGCACUGGUACCACGGGGAGCUGCAUGGAGCUCAUGGCUUCCUGCCCGCCAGCUACAUCCAGUGCAUCCGGCCCUUGCCGCAGACCCCGCCCCAGGGCAAAGCACUUUAUGAUUUCGAGAUGAAGGACAGAGACCAGGACAAGGACUGUCUGACCUUCACCAAGGACGAGAUCCUGACCGUCAUCAGAAGAGUGGAUGACAACUGGGCGGAAGGCAUGCUGGGAGACAAGAUUGGAAUCUUCCCCCUGCUGUACGUGGAGCUCAAUGACUCAGCCAAGCAGCUCAUUGAGAUGGACAAGCCAUGCCCAGCUGCCGCGUCUGGCUGCCAUGCCUCCAUGCCCUCCGACCCUGGCGGAGCAGCCAGUGUGGCCCCAGGACCCACAUUAAGCAGCACAGGGGCAGUCAGUGCCUUUCAGCGGCGUGUGGACAGCAAGAAGAAUGCCAAGAAGCGCCACUCCUUCACCGCGCUCAGCGUGACACACAAGUCCUCCCAGGCUACCAGUCACAGGCACUCCAUGGAAAUUAGCGCUCCAGUCUUGAUCAGCUCCAGUGAUCCCCGGGCUGCGGCCAGAAUUGGGGACCUGGCUCAUCUGUCCUGCAGUGCUCCUGCCCAGGACUCCUCCUCCUCUUCGGCCGGAACCACCCCAGUGGCUGAACAGCAAGGCACAGCUGCCAAAGUCCAGCUGCCCCUCAACGUGUACCUGGCACUCUAUGCUUACAAACCCCAGAAGAACGACGAGCUGGAGCUGCGAAAGGGUGAGAUGUACCGCGUCCUAGAGAAAUGUCAGGAUGGCUGGUUCAAAGGGACAUCCCUGAGGACUGGGCUAUCUGGGGUGUUCCCAGGAAACUACGUGACACCCGUCUCCAGGGCUCCGGUAGGAGGAGCUGGGCCACCCCGGAAUAAUGUCGUUGGAGGGUCUCCACUGGCCAAAGGGAUGGCCACAACCAUCCACCCAGGUGGUGGAAGCCUGAGCAGCCCAGCCACUGCCACUAGGCCAGCCCCUCCCCUUACAACAUCCCAGGCCCAGCACCAAGCAGCCGCCCCCCCAGUGGGCAGUUGUCUGCGGCACACAGCCCAGCCGGACACCAGCCAAGCCCGGGGCACUAUCCCCACAGCUGCCCACACCUCAGCCCAGGCUCAGGACCGACCAACAGCCACCGUGUCGCCCCUGCGCACCCAGAACUCCCCGUCCCGCCUGCCCACCGCCAGCCUCAGGCCCCACUCCGUGGUGUCCCCACAGCACAUCCACCAGCCCCAGGUGCAGACGGUCAUCGGGGCCCAGUGCCCCCGGCCGGCCAUCCCACUCACGUCCGCAGCGUCAGCCGUCACACCUCCCAAUGUCAAUGCUGCCAACCUCAAUGGGGAGGCUGGAGGGGGGCCCAUCAGUGGCCUGUCAACGUCCAGCCCCACCAACACAGGAUGCAGACCAGAUGAGAAAAAAAAUGAAAAG